AUGGUUAGGCCAAAAGUUUUAAUGACGAGUUCAACCAUUCCAGAUGUGGCAAUAAAAAUCCUAGAAGAAAAGUGCGAUUUGGUGGUAGCCGAAACCAAACAAGAAAUUGUUUCCAAAAUAAAAAAUGUCGAUGCAGUCUUUUGGGCCAGUCAUUUACCACUGGAUGGAGAAAUAAUUUCUGCUGCUUCUUGUUUAAAAACCGUAGGAACUAUGUCAGCUGGUUAUAAUCAUAUAGAUGUAGACGGUUUAAGAAAACGAGGAAUUACCUUAGGUAACACCCCAAACGUUCUCAACGAUGCAGUUGCUGAUGUUGCUGUAUUAUUGGCAUUAGCUGCCGCCAGAAGAGCUCAUGAAGGCCUGAUUUCAAUCCAAAAGUAA